AUGACGGUCGACCCUCUGUGCCUACAGCUUACUACUUCCCUCGUCGUCCACCACAGGUACUACCCUGUCGAUAUCGAUGUUUCCCACCCUCAGCUCCGGAACUUCAUCAGCACAGUCUACCAAGACAAGAUCUUCUACGUGAACCGCUACGAUGUCUACAUCCUCGACCUCGAGUCCAACGAACGUUCUGUCCUGGUGACCAUUCCUUUCGAGGCUCGAUGUCUAGCCGCAGCUCAUGGAUGGGUGUGUGUCGGAGGAGAGACAAGAGGAGACUGUGCCUUUGUCUAUAUCGGUGAGCACGAUGGUCAGCCAGGUGGUUUCUGCCACGAGCUGUUGGUGGAAAUGCUGGGCAAAGAGAUUGUGAAUUCUAUGACGGUGCAGAUCCUGAAGCCGGACGUGGAGGGUUACGAGGAGGAAACCGUCGUGCUUAUCAGCAACAACGACCGGACCGUAACUAUCUACUCUCUUACUCAGAGAACCACUCUGAAUACUAUCAACUACCCACAACCCAUGAACUAUGCCGUGCUAUGUCCAGAUACCACGAUUAUGGCUGCUGUUGGCGACGAGAACAAGGUCUAUUUCCGGAAGCGCAUUCUGGUCGAGUCGGAUCUUGACCCGACGUCGGAGACUAAGCCUUACGCAAGCUAUGGUUGGCGUCUCCUGUCUACCCCAGACGUGCCUAAGGGAACCUUGCACAUAGACGAUUUCAGCUUCGCAGUCGCUUUCUCCCAGGAUGGCAGUCUGUGCGCUGUCUCUUCACAAGGUGGUGUCAUCACCAUCUUCGAUAUGAACGCAAUCGCCCACGAGGUCGUCCCCGCCGAACACGCUAUCUUGUGCUCAUUCACAUCCACUCGAGAUUCACCCUGGGGCUGUGUAAGGUCCAUGGCCUUCUCACCAUCCGCCUGGGGUAUCCUGGCUUGGGCAGAAGACCAUGGUCGUAUUGGGCUGGCAGACUUACGCCAAGGCUUCUUGAGAAGACAACAUGUCGAAUUACAUAAGGACAAGACGAAAGAAGUACACCUCAAGGACAACCUUCCUGCUGACUGGAGAACGCUGGAUGUAAAGGAAAGACUACAGCGUCAACAUCACCAACGGAUGCAAGUCUUGAGAGGUCAACCUCCUCUUGGUGCCCGGUCAUUUCGUCGACCUCGGGCCAAUGGUUCAAGUUACGACCAGCCUGUCGUUAUGCCGCCUGAGCUAGACGCUCCCACCUACGCCCUGGAAAGCACAACUGCUGGCUCAGGACCUUCUAGGGGCAUCUUCAGCAUUAAUUAUGUCUCCGAGCAACCACGCGUGCAUCCGUCUGCCUCAAGACCUCCGUCACGCCGGGAAUAUGACGUGCAGCUGCUCAAUCCGUCUCCGAGCCGGUCAAGCGGUCCGCACAUGCCUCGGAGAAGGUCUUCUGUUGUGUUCUCCGAGCCUCAAACAGCCCAACAUCUAGUCGUUGACGAAGGUGUACGACUAGCAAUGACAGCAUCACCUGGGCCUAUCUCAGACGAUGGUCGUCAGUCAAAUCAUACCUACGAGCCUCGGCAAACGUCCGCGUCCACGUAUCAUGCUGCUGCCACACUCGAUUCACGCCCAUAUAUGUCUACGAACGACUUGACGCCGACAGCUGGCUCUGAUUCCAGCCAACCUUUACCAUAUGACAUCCCACCCUCUGAUCCGUGGCACGUAAUUGAAGCUUCUCUGGCAACUAACAGGGCCCGUCGUGACAGCAAUGCCACAGCCAAUCCGGUGCUUCAGCGUAUUGAGAACGCCAUUGUUGAGGAGAGACAGCUGGCUGAUCGACUUGAGAGACAAUUAACGGAUGAGCAACGCCUCUCCGCCGUGCUGAGGACGGAGUUGGAAGCUAGGGAUCGUCUGCUAGAUGUACGUAAUCAGCAAAGGCAAGCAGAACAAUCUGAUGAAGGCGAACUCUCUCCUUCGCUGGAGAGAUUGCUUCAGCCACAACUACACAGCGAACGUGACCACACUGCACGACGAUCAGAAGAGCUCGAGGCCGAAAUUCGGAACAUGUCGCGCAGGGUCAACCAGCUCAUCGAUGAACGAGACGUCAUCUUACAGAGACAGAGAACAUUGCAAGCUCAUGCACAAGCCGAGUCAUCAACCUCUUCCGCACUAAGUUCAGCAUUGCCAACGGUGUCGACUUCUACUGACCAAGGCGAGCUGAAUCGCAGGAUUCAAAGUAUGAGUGUCGAUCGACGAAUGAGAGCACAACGUAUUCAAAAUCUUGAACACGAAGUCCGUAGAGCUGAAUCGCGCGUUGAGCUUGCUCAAUUGCAAAAUAACAUCGAGCACACUCGAGCCAGGACUAGAACACUUGUGGGUGGUGACCUAUCAUUUGACUCAGUCCACCAGUCCUCGCACUCCUUACCCGGUGCAGCAUCAAAUUCAGGUUCGGAUAACAUCAGAAGCAGUGCCAUACCAGAAAGUCGACGUACGCACACUUCCGACAACUUUUCCAGUCUAUCGCCCACAGCCUCCGCCAUGGCCCGCCGUCUACGGUCCAGCCUCACAUCAGCAGCCGACCCCAGCUCAACCAGCACUCGAGCCACAAUCCCGCGUAUAUCGGAGCUGGCGAACACAAGCUCGACCCCAAACUCCACCUCAACAUCCCCCGCCUACAGCUUGAGUCUACCACCAAUGAUGCGCAUUCCAGAUAACGACAUACGAAUUGCUCGUCUGAUACUCGCUAGAAGUAGUGCAGACGGCAACGGUAACUGGACCCCCGCGGCUGGCCAUCGCUAUCUCGCUGGUGGUUCAGGCGCAACACUUGCCCAUCCACGCUUAGCCACGACCAGUACCAGCAACAACAACGGUCCAGGUCUGGAAGAUAUAAUCAGGGAUGCAGGUCCUGGCACUGCAGGGAUAGGCUGGAGUCCAGACGGUUUGAAAUUAUUCGCAGCUACUGAAAAAGGUAUCUUCGAGUUCGAACUGAACGUGCAAGACCGCAUGCAGUGUCCGAUGGUCGAGUUUCGCUAA